GUGGCUCUCCGGCCUGGCCCGGCGGAGGGGAGCGGUGCCCGUCCCGCAGGAGCAGCCGCCGGCAGAGCCGACUUGUGCCGCGGGCUGCAGGGCCAGGCUUUGCUGGCAGAGCCGCCCCUGAGCCUGUUGCUGCUGCGCGGACAGCGCGGUUUAAAUGUCUUUAUUUUGUUGUAUAUACGCGUGUGUGUGUGUUUUCCCCUCCUCCCCGGCUUUUAACGCGGGUUUAAGGGGAUUAAGCCUGCUGCAAUCGGGGGGCUAAGAAUAGCCUGCUGCACGUUCCCGUGCGUGUGCGGGUGCUCCGGGGGCCGGCACACGGGACAGCCCCGGCGGCAUGCGGCGGUGCUCGGUGCCCCGGCAGCCCGCAGCUCGCCUCGGAAUUGGUCUUGAAGUGUAGGGUGAAGGUUUCUCUUCACGGUGCAUGGACGGAAAGCCAAUGCGCAGGUGUGCCAGCACUCGCCCAGGAGAGACCGGAAUGGACGUGACCAGCCGCUGCACCCUCGGAGACCCCAACAAGCUGCCCGAGGGGGUGCCGCAGCCCGCGCGCAUGCCCUACAUCUCCGACAAGCACCCCCGGCAGACCCUGGAGGUCAUCAACCUGCUGAGGAAGCACCGGGAGCUCUGCGAUGUGGUGCUGGUAGUGGGGGCCAAGAAGAUCUACGCCCACAGGGUGAUCCUGUCGGCCUGCAGCCCCUACUUCCGAGCCAUGUUCACCGGGGAGCUGGCGGAGUCACGGCAGACGGAGGUGGUGAUCAGGGACAUCGACGAGCGGGCCAUGGAGCUGCUCAUCGACUUCGCCUACACCUCGCAGAUCACCGUGGAAGAGGGGAAUGUCCAGACCUUGCUGCCAGCUGCUUGCCUUCUCCAGCUGGCCGAGAUCCAGGAGGCUUGCUGCGAGUUCCUCAAGAGACAGUUGGACCCUUCCAAUUGCCUGGGCAUCCGGGCUUUUGCUGACACUCACUCAUGCCGUGAGCUGCUGAGGAUCGCUGACAAAUUCACACAGCACAACUUCCAGGAGGUGAUGGAGAGUGAGGAGUUCAUGCUGCUGCCUGCCAACCAGCUCAUAGACAUCAUAUCCAGUGACGAGUUAAACGUGCGCAGCGAGGAGCAGGUGUUCAAUGCCGUGAUGGCCUGGGUGAAGUACAGCAUCCAGGAGAGAAGACCCCAGCUGCCACAGGUUCUGCAGCAUGUCCGCCUGCCCCUGCUGAGUCCCAAGUUUCUUGUGGGUACAGUGGGCUCUGAUCCACUCAUUAAGAGCGAUGAGGAAUGCAGGGAUCUGGUGGAUGAAGCCAAAAACUACCUGCUGCUGCCCCAAGAGCGGCCGCUGAUGCAGGGACCGCGAACGAGGCCACGCAAACCCAUCCGCUGUGGAGAGGUGCUCUUUGCAGUGGGGGGCUGGUGCAGUGGCGAUGCCAUUUCCAGCGUGGAGCGCUACGACCCCCAGACCAACGAGUGGAGGAUGGUGGCUUCCAUGAGCAAGAGGCGCUGUGGUGUCGGGGUCAGCGUCCUGGAUGACCUCCUCUAUGCUGUGGGAGGCCACGAUGGCUCCUCCUAUCUUAACAGUGUGGAAAGGUAUGAUCCAAAGACCAAUCAGUGGAGCAGUGAUGUGGCUCCCACCAGCACCUGCAGGACCAGUGUUGGAGUAGCAGUUCUUGGAGGUUACCUCUAUGCUGUGGGUGGCCAGGAUGGUGUCUCUUGUCUCAACAUUGUGGAGAGGUAUGAUCCCAAAGAAAACAAAUGGACUCGAGUGGCUUCCAUGAGCACCAGGCGCCUGGGAGUGGCAGUGGCUGUGCUGGGAGGCUUCCUCUAUGCUGUGGGAGGCUCUGAUGGAACAUCUCCUCUCAAUACUGUGGAACGCUACAACCCCCAGGAGAACCGCUGGCACACGAUAGCCCCCAUGGGCACCAGGAGGAAGCAUCUGGGCUGUGCUGUGUACCAGGACAUGAUCUAUGCUGUGGGAGGCAGGGAUGACACCACAGAGCUCAGCAGUGCUGAGAGGUACAACCCACGCACCAACCAGUGGUCUCCCGUGGUGGCCAUGACAUCCCGGCGCAGUGGGGUUGGCCUGGCCGUGGUGAAUGGACAGCUGAUGGCAGUGGGGGGCUUUGAUGGCACAACGUACCUGAAGACCAUUGAGGUGUUUGAUCCAGAUGCUAACACGUGGAGGUUGUACGGCGGGAUGAACUACCGGCGGCUGGGCGGAGGCGUGGGGGUUAUCAAAAUGACACACUGUGAAUCUCAUAUAUGCUCUAGUAUGCACGGUCUAGAUCCAAUGUAACUCUUUGUCGGUGAACUCUUUCUGUGGAAUUCUAAAAAUUGACUUCUGUGAGAGCGUGCCCCACGGGAGACCACGUUGUCAGACUCCAGGGAACCACUGGACAAAAGUAGAAGUGUUGCUUAUGUCCGUAUUUUUUCUAAAUAGUUCUACAUUUUUUUGAAUAAACCAAACUGUAACAGUUAUUGUAGCCUAAAGGAAGCUGAUGUAGAGCCUAUACACUCUGUAUUGGGAGUCUGGCCAGGAGGAGGAUUCCUGCUUUCCCUCCUGCUGUGGGAGCAGUGGAUGUGGCAGCUGUUUGGUGGGCGAAAGAGGAAAAGUGAUACAGAAAACAUUGCUUUUGCCUUAUUUACAGAGAGCUUCAAAAAAAAAAAAAAAAGUACUUGACCUGCAAGGUGCCACCUUUGCACAGAAGCUUUUCUGUGCACAGAGUAUAUUUAUUUUUUCAUUUGAUUUGUAUCAUGUAUUUCCUUUGUAUCGCUCACAGCGAUGAUUCCAGCUUUUUAUAUACAUCUGUGUGUGCAUAUAUAUAUAUGUAUUUUAUAUAUAUAUAUAUAUGUAUAUGUGUGACUUGUAUUUUGACCAGCUGGUGGUUUGGGCAGGGCUGUGUCCUGCCAGCUACUGUGGUUCCAAGCCUUGUGGUGUGAUUUGGGGUCUCUUAGAGGACAGGAGAGCUCUGAGGAUGGGUGCCCUGAGUACCUUUUCAGAACUGUAACUCUCAUCGCUCAACUCAAUCAAUGAAGUGCCCAAAAAGGGUGAGAGGAAAAGGAUUUCAAGCAAUGCCUUUUUACUGUACAAAAGUUCAGCUUUUUCUCUCCUCUCCUCUCCUCUCCUCUCUCCUGUAUGUGAACCUGUGCUGGUUUGAAGGUAAACCAGCAGGGGAGGAAUUAACCCCACAGAAAUACCUUGUGAGAGAUUUCAAGUCAGAGUUACAGUUCAAUAGAAAGGUGACAAUAACUGCAAUGAAUACACAAAGACUGGCUUAAAACCAGUCCUGAUUAAGUGGUGGUUGCAGUCCUGUUAGAGUGAUGGAUGAGGUGUUGUCAAAAGUGCUGGUCCUGUGGAAAGGUCUGCUCCUUCUUUGGAUGUCCAGUGGUGGUGGUUGUGUCCAUGUCCCCAAACCCCCAGAUCAUUAACCCUCAAAGCCAGGCAGGAAUGUUUAAUCCCUACCCCAGAGCAAGGGAUUUCCUGAAGAAGUGACAGAAUCCUGAGUCAUAGGGUAUUUUGGGGAGCCCUUGAUGGCCCGUUGGCAGAGCUGACCACCCCCCCCCCCCUUAGGCUGGGUGUAGUUGUUACUUUGUGAAGACAGACAGCACAUUGCACCCAGCUCACAGCUGUUACAAAGGACCCACCACUAACAGGAAUAAUGCAGGAAUUAUAUCAGUUCAUCAGAAAUAAUGCUGGUGGGUGUGGAAUAGAGUUUGGCUACACCCACACUGGUACUUUAUCCUGCGACCAUUGGCAGAACCUAAAUCCACCUAGUUCUAGCUCACUUUUAAAAGCCUUUUCCUCCUGUUGUCUGCUCGAUAUCAGUUCUUGUCUGAAGGAGGGUGCAGGUAUCAUCUGUUAAUUCUGACACCCACUUCUUAUAUUCUUGCUGGAAGGGCAGACCCACAGCCAGCUCCUUCCUGCUAAAAAAAACCUCACACCAGCCUCACCUCGGCUGCCCUCUUGCCUGUAGAAUUCCUGACCAUGAUGGAUGGUGCCCUCUCUUUGAGUGAUUUUUGUGCACUUUGCCUGUGUAUGGUUAGAGCAGGGGAAGGUGUGAGGCUCAUUUAAGAGUUUGGAGGGGAAGGGCUGUUUUCUGGCACUGUGAAUAACUGUGGAGUCACCCAGGAGUGGGGGGAGAGCAGAGAACUCAAGACUCAACAGUUCUGUUUUUACUGUAAUUUCUAUUGAGGGUGGAAGAAUGACCUUUUGCACCUGAUCUAACUGUGGACCUUACUAAAUUUGAUUUUGAAAAAGAGGACUGUAAAUUCUUGAGAUGAAAAAGGCAGUGCUGACUUUAACUUCAUAGUUUGAUUCAUGUAACUCAGACUUUAAUGUGCUUGAAUAUAGUAAAAAAUACACUACAGUCAUAAAUGGGACAUUAAAACUUUUUUAAAAGCCCCUUUUCCCCUAAAGGUCGGUAUUCUUGUGUUUACAUAUGAAGAUCAUUUGCACCUUUACAAGGAAAACAAGUAUUCUGUAAACAAAUGUUUACAUGUAUCAUUUAUGCUUUUUUCUAGCAUGAGUAACUUGUAUAAAUAGUGCUAUCUUAAUAAAUUUCUCCUACGCUG